AUGGUUUCAGUUCUGACAUUACUACAGACAACACCAUGUCAUUGUAGUACGACUUCACCGCCAGUCAACACUUGUGCGAAAGAAGAAGUAGGAAAUGGCACCGCUGAUCCUGAUCUGGCACAAUACAAUUACAGUACGAGCGUCACAUACACCUGCAACUUGGGUUUCAACCACACCUCUGGGGAUUUAGUUAGAACAUGUAACGAUACAGGGUACUGGACAAAUACACUGCCAGUUUGUACAGUAGCUGCAUGUCUACCAGAGAACAUAACCGAUGGAAAAUAUGAUCCCGAUGAUUUAACGACCGAGUUUGGCGCUACUAUAACAUAUUCAUGCGACCUCGGAUACUACAUGAGCACAGGAGAUGCGAAUAGAACCUGUCUCACUAAUGGCGGAUGGACCAGUACUCUCCCAAGUUGUUCACUUGUAAGAUGUGAUCUUCCCGAAACUGUUCAGCACUCCUCGUACACACCGCCAUCAGUGGUGAAAUUCGAUUACAACACAGACAUAACAUAUAGUUGUGAUCUGGCAUACAAUCAUACAGACGGCAACCUGACCCGCACAUGCAAAGAAGAUUUUAGUUGGUCUGGAAAUGAACCCAACUGCACAAUUGCGGCAUGUUUCCAAGAAAAUUCGACUUACAUGACCACAACACCUGACAAAAUUCUUCACGAGUUUGGCGACUACGUAAUUUAUGAAUGCAUCCUGGGAUAUGAAUACAGUUCUGGAGACCUGAACCGUACAUGCCAAAAUGACGGUAACUGGACUGGAAUCACACCGCAAUGUGUUAUCAUAACAUGUGACCCCCCAGAUCUUAUCCCGCACACAUUUUACGUGCCAGAUGGUCUGGUUGAGCACGACUGGAAUACCGAUAUCAGUUACUCGUGUGAUCCGGGCUAUCAUUACGUGUCAGGUGGAAAUGUAACGACCUGCAAUGAAAGUGGCACAUUCCCUCCCUUAGAUAUAGACUGCUCAGUUCAACAUCAGAUAACAUUAAAUUCAUCCGAGCCUGUCGUAACUUGGUUUAACACAACCGUCAUCGAAACAAACACGGUAUUUGAUUUUGACGGAAUAUGUGACGUCACUAUAGCAUGUAAUCCAGAUCUAAUAGAUGCAAGUCAUGUUAUAAGUGGAAACCAAUUAAUAAUGACAGUGAAGCAGACGGCGAACACACAAUUUGGUGAAUACAUUUGUACCCUCUCCCCUUUUCGUGGUGAAAGGACUUUCCCAGACGUUGAAAGGGACGUACUUUUUGGAGAUGAAAUUAUCGGUUUUCAGGCAGUUUUAGACCAUACAAUGAUAUAUUUGGCUGUUGGGAAGACAUAUAAUUUCCUUGCAACUGCAACAUUAGGGACUAGUGUCACCAUUGACUGGAAAAUGGAAGACACUGUUACAGAAACACAGACAUAUCCCGGACAAUUUACAUCUGGUAAUCUGGCAUAUGCGUUUACUAAGCCAACAUAUAACAUCUCAGUCACUGCCAGGAAUCUGGUCAGUUCCGAAGCAAGCGAGGUGUUUGUUGAAGUAUUCUAUAGCAUCAACAACUUCGACUUCACCCUCAAAAACUCAUUAGGAAACACAACUGAACCAGUAGAGUUCGAUCUUCAUCUAAUGCAAACAGCUAAUUUACCAAUGAAUGGCGUGAACAUCUCUAUCAACUUCAAGCACGGAAAUUUUGUAACCGAUGAAAUUUUUAUUGAUGAAGCUUACGGAGUGGAUAAAAGUCAUAUUUACAGUCAUUUGUUUGAUAUGCAAGGUAACUUUGUGGUAGAGGCUAGACUUACAAGCAUAUUAGGAUUUGAAGAUUAUAGCGUAUACAUGGGAAUAUGGGACACACUCUUACCAUUAGAGCUAGAACUCAUAAAUGGAAAGUACAUUAUUACAAACACAGCUGCUGAGUUUAACUUCACGAAUGUUCCAAAUUAUGGAUUCAAAUAUACAAUAGAUUAUGGUGAUGGAGCGACAGAUUCGAAUGUUGCUGAUAGUAUUUUAUACAAUAAAUAUAAUCUGACUUCGUUUACGCACGUGUUUACAAGUCCUGGUGUGUACAUAGUGAGCUGGAGAGCUGUAAAUGGAGAACAGUUAUACAACCGGGCAGAACAAUUUGCUGUACAUGUUCAGAACGUUAUACCAGCUACUGGCUACACACUUGAACCGUUAGGAAAGAAAUACCCUUGGUCUGUUCUACAAUCUAUGAGUCUAUCUUUAAACAUAACUUUGGACGAUGGUGUUUCCGAACCAACAAAUGGUACCUGUACAUUUGAUCCGGAUGAUGGUACAGGAACUGUUGAGAAUCUUAUUUACGACAGCUCAUUUUUUCAGUAUUCACACAAUUAUCACAUAGAAGGGUUGUUCAACGCGACGUUUAAUUGCUCCAACAACGUCAGUAACCAUACAUACACAUUUGACAUAAAAGUCAGCAAAUUUGUUGCGUCGGAUUUGUCACUUGUAUUCCACAAUCCUGUUCCCCUUAAUGUAUCUGACGCCGUUGUCGUCUACUUCCACAUCGACAAUGGAGGGUUUAUGCUGAUUCCUCAUUUGGUUUACUUAGAUUUUGAUUAUGGAGAAGCGAGCACUUCUAGAAAAAGACGCUCUCCGAUAUCGUACGACAAGGGAACUUACAGUCACUUGUACACAGAACGAGGUAAUUACACUGUCACCGUAGUUGUGGAGGCACAAGUUACAAGUACAAGUAACACACUUACUUAUUCUUUGCGACUUGGUUUGAUGUAUUUUGAAUACAAUAUCACAGUGCAGUUUAUUGACACAACGUUUGUGCGAUAUACAAUGUAUGGCGUGGAAGGUACUACACUUUACACAAUAGAUUUUGACGACACUACUGCUAAUGAACAGUGUAGUUCUUCUGGUUUGUCUAGCUGUGACAUCCACCAUUUAUGUCCAGAAUAUGGCUACCAUCUUGUGCAAGUUGUUGCAAAUAAUCGAUCAUACAUAGAGGUGGAUAAUAUGAACAUGACCUGUGAUAAUCCAGUCGUUAUCACAACCGAUAUUCCUUAUACUGUUGCAAUUCCAGAUGGCAUAAUUGACGCUAAGUUAAGGAUUAAAGAAGACGACCUUUACCUUCCAAAGCUGUUUUGUAAUUGGAAUAUGGGCGACCCGAUAAAACGUGACACGUACGGGCCUAUGUCGCAAGAAGUUACCUAUGCAAGUCCUUUUUUGUUUAACUUUCAGUAUAUUGCAUUAGGAAGACACACAAUCACGAUUUAUUGCUGGAAUUUGAUCAAUGACACUAAUCUUGAAACACAAAUAACAGUAACAAGCCAAGAUUACCUAUUUACCGGUCUCUUUGACAGGUUUUAUUCACAGGCGAAUUCACCUAUGUAUAUUUCCUCAAUACUUGAUACCGAAAUAUUCAGCCGUUUGGAAAUUGUUGCCAACACAACUGAGAAAACUCAAACAAAUCUUUGGAAAGUCAACUUUCCUUUAGGAGAAACAGAACAAAUUCGGCAAAGUUUACUGUUCACACGUGGUCUUGUAGCGGAAAGCAAGUACCACAUCACCCUCCAAGUUUGCUUCAUCGAAGAACCCAAUAAUUGCAUCUUUGAGCCUACUUAUGCCAAAUUUGUGAUGCCACCGCCCCAUGCUGAGAUAGUGGGAAAUAAACGGAGAUAUAUCAAAAGAGGGUCUGUUACAGUUGAUGCUUACACUUUGUCUUAUGAUCCCGUGUUUCCAGAAUCUGCUGACCUCACUUUUAGCUGGGCAUGUGAAAGUUUUGACGCAGUGGAUUUUGAUGAAGCAGCUGAUAAGUUUUCAUCAAAUGCAGCGGGAAGUUCAUGUUCAUAUAAUGAAAAUGAAGGCGUUAUGACUCUAGACACUGGUGCUAACCCUACAAGGUCACACUACGUUGUAACAGUUACAGUUGACAAUAACAGGGGGAAGACUGCGACAUUCACACAGAUUUUAGCUGUCAAAAACUAUGAACCAUUAACAAUUAAAUGCAAGAUAAAUUGCCUAGCCAAAGUUGCAAGGAGCUCUAGACUUCAGCUAAUUCCUAACCUUUCCAACAACUGCCCAGCAACCUUUGCAUGGACUUUAAAGAAGAAUUCAGGGUCAGUGUACGAGGAUGAAGACCUUUCAAGCAUAGCAUCUGGCGCUGGGGUUACCGGACAGUCCUUGACAAUAACACACAACACGUUAGAAUAUGGCACAUGGUACCUCGUAUCACUGACAGCUAUCAUCGACGGUGCUACAUACGGACCGGCGUAUUAUGAGUUUUUGACAAACAGACCGCCAGAAGGAGGUUUCUGUAAAAUUAUACCAUUCACGGGAGAGACACUUAUGCCUAUGGAGGACAAAGAACUCGAAAACACGACAACAUCAUCAAGUGAAUACAUUCUGACAGCUGGAAUAGACGUGUUCAACAUAACCUGCCAACGAUGGAAAGAUGAGGGCUUUACAGACAAUGCGUUCUCGAGCGAGGAACCAAUAUUCUAUCUUUAUUUUCUCUCAUAUGGUGAUGAGGAUGAUAACGAUAACAAACGGCAGUUAUUAUACUUUGACCCGGGCCAGACAUCCAACCUGGUAUCUUUCCAAGUGGGAAAUGCUAAUGCUGAUUUCAAUGCAACCGUAGUUCUACGAAUAACUGAUGUGUUCGGUGACUACACAGAUGUUCGAUACAAUGUUAAGUCUAAACCAUCCCUUACGACGGCAGAUAUUGCUGACCUCAAUAGUGCCGAUACGUUACAAGUGACGUCAGAUUAUGUUGAGCAGUUCAAUGAAGUUCUUAUUAAAGCCAAUAGGACAUUUGACUAUAGAACUAUCUCCAGAAAGGUUAUGGAUAUCUCAUCUGUGUACAAUAAACUGUCUUCUAGCACAAAAUUGUCACCGGAAGAUAUUGUAUCUCUUGGAUACGUAAAAACAGAGGGCGGAGUAUUACUCGAUUGGCACGAUUACUGGAAAAUCAUUAUAGAAGACAUAGAUAAGCAAACAGACUUUCUGAUACAGGUCGGUGAGAAACAUGCAUACAUGUUACAUGCCAACGUACAGUCCUGGCCAUCGACUAAAAGAAUGACACUGGUUGCUAUAGAAACCAUAAGUCUAGCUUUAAAUGAAUCUACAGCAGUAACAGAAUAUUCAAACGUCACAGCUGCGAUACUGAGUGCAGAAUGUUCAAACAUACUAGCUAGAAAUCUAGCUAAUAUUUCAGAUGACCGAACAUUUCCGAACACUGAACAACUGGUAGCUGCUUCUGUUGCUGUGCUGGACGUGAUCCGAAAUCAGCUGGCGAUUUUACAAACAGUACUAACACCGAACCUUCCCGAGGACCCAACCGCUGAUGAAAUGAGACAUUACCUUGAAUAUGUCAGUGCAUUUAAGAAGGCAGAGGAGGUUCAACAUGGUCAGUUAAGUCUUCAAGAACAAACGUUUCUUGCACAGAAGCAGCUAGAAAAGUAUUAUCUGCAGAAAUACAUCAAGUCAGAGGCAUCGAAAAAAGCUCUGCCCCAUUUGACGUUCGCAUUACGAAAUCUAACAUAUGUUCUUGGAAAAAUGUCAGUGAUUGGACAGGAAGAACUUUAUCUUGAGAAUGACUUCAUAUACAUUUCCGUUGAGAUCAAACCGGCGUAUUCUCUAGUUGGAAAGACCAUCGAACGCCCCCGUGUUGCAUUGGAACUAAAUGAUUUAGUUGAAGAUAAUCCAGAAGCUUGUAAUUCAAGAGAGAUACACCUUAAGACGAUAGUGUUCAAAGAAAAUCCAUAUUUCUGGGGUCAGUUUGGUGAUCGUAUAACUUCAUAUGUUACAUUGUUUGAAAUAGAUGGGGCUCAUCUAGGUAGUGAGAAAAUGAUCUAUAGGUUGGAUAACGAGGUUGAGGCAAGCUGUGUAGAUCAGGAUCCAACAUACGAGGAAAAUGAUCCCGACAAGAUGAUUUAUAUCAUGUUUGAUAGACAACAUGCAGACGAUGACAUUCUCUUAUUUGUUAGAUCCAGUGCAAAGGAACUGAUCUACGAGUUAUAUUUCAACAAGGAUGAAAAGCCGAAGAUUUCCGAAAAUAAGUAUACGUAUUCAACAGAGAUGAAAAAGAACGAUAAAGCGUGGACUCUAGAAGAUGGUUACAAAUUACUUAUCAAGUCAAGUGAUUUCUCGGAGACAGGAAAAGUCUGGAUAGCUUUACGACCAUUGCUUGAAAAUUCGGAUGAUCUGUCACUGCUCUCAAAAAAGUUCUGUGCCAAUGUGACAAGUGUUAAUUGCCUGGCAUGGAGACAAAAAAGUGGUUCAGAGGAAUAUUUCUGGGACAAGGACAUAUGCGAGGUGUCACUUUCCAGUAGCCGUUCACAAACUAUAUGCAUGUGUCAAAAUUCUAAUGAAACCAUAACAGUUGGAACUACUUUCUACGUACCAAACAACAAGAUUGACUUCAAAACUAUCGAUUCUCAAAGCGAUGGUUUAGGGCGUUCACCAGUCAUUGGUAUGAUGGUAGCAACAGUGUGUAUCUAUAUACUUCUUGUGAUAUGGGCAUGGAGAGAGGACGUAAAGGAUCAAUAUAAGUGGUCCUACUCUUUGAUGAUUGACAAUGAUAUCGCCGAUCGCUAUUUCUAUGUUAUCCGUGUGGUUACGGGUCUACGAACGGGCGCAGGAACACAAUCAAAAGUCGGGUUUGUCCUCGUUGGAGAAGACGGUGACACAAAUAUCAGAAUUAUGGACGAUGACAGUCAUAUUGGUUUUGAACGAGGAAGUAUACGUACAUUUGUGAUGAGUACCCGACAUUACCUUGGGGAACUGUUAUGUUUACGAAUAUGGCACGACGAUUCCGGCGGAAAUGACUCCUCAUGGUACCUUAACAAAAUCUGUGUUACAGACCUGAAAGAUGGAAUGCGAUAUUCUUUCGUGUGUAACAAGUGGUUAAACUAUGGCGAUGACGGCACACGUGUUGACCACACACUCAAUGCUCAACGCUAUGAAGACGUCCGUUCUUAUCUGGACAUGAUCGCAUACACUCUAGUAGAGCAUCAUCUCUGGUUGUCUGUGGCACUGCGUCCAGUAAGGAAUAAUUUUACCCGAGUUCAACGCCUUUCCUGCCUUCUUGCUCUUGUCUACUUGACGAUGAUUAUUUGCGCGAUAAUUGUCGAGACCCCAGAUGAAAACACCGUCUUUAAUCAAGUAGUUAUCGGGCCAUUCCGAUUCUCGAUGGAAAAUUUCAAAGCAGCAAUGGUUUCCAUGACAAUAUCUUCCGUUAUUAUUAUAAUCGUAUCAAUCAUUUUUAGAAACUCUGAAAACGCCGAGAAUAGUUCUAACAUUGAUUCGUUUAUACAUAGAGCAUACCGAAGAGUUAAUGAAAAAAUAAAAUUGGAUAGUUCUGUACUCGCAAGAAGAUAUUGGCCUCCGGCGGAGGAAGCUGUAGAAUAUAAUAACUUUUUCCUGCCCCACUGCUGUAUCUACGUUGGUUGGGCUAUUCUUGCGAUGGUACUUAUUGUUGCAGCCUUUCUUGUAGUAUCUUUUAGUUCUGAAUGGGAACUUGUGAAAUCAGAAGAGAUGAUGACUGCAGUUCUCGUUUCCGUACUAAGCUCGGUUCUUCUAAUUGAAAGUGUUAAGAUUGUAAUAAUUCUGUUAGUGUAUUCGCUGAUGUGUCAGCGGGCUUACGAACCGCUAGAACCUGAUAUAGACAUUGGCACGCUUGAAGAAAAAGCUAAAUAUAAUUCUGCUACACUGAACAUUGGACCACACUUCAACCGUGUGUUGUAUAAACCUGAAAAUCCAAGUAAAGCGACAUUGGUAAAGAACAAAAUAAAACGCAUACGGAAUCAUCAACUGUUGAAGACUGUCUCUCAACUUGUUAUGUAUAGUGCUCUCUUAUACAUGGUGUACACAAUCAGCUAUGAAAGUAGAGAUCCAAGAUCUUUCUAUUUGAAAAAUCAUGUUGAACAACUAUUUCACUUCACGUCAGAGGUUACUGAUUUGGAAUCUUACACAAAGUGGCUGAAAGGUACAUUUAUUGACACGUACUUUUCAAAGUCAUAUUUCGGAGCAAGUUAUGAGGGCAACGAAAAUAAAGUUUAUAUGGAAGAUUUAAGUAACAUCCGUGUUGGACCUGCCAGAUUGCGACAGUUACGGAUUAGGCAAGAGGACUGUAUUGGCCCAUUAGGUGUAAACUUGACAUGUCGUAAUAAAUAUGAAGAUGAAAAGAAAGAAACGCAGAAUUUUUGCUUGGGAUGGAAGAAACAGCCUUGUCCGUUUGCAGAGAAAUCAACAUACUUCUCUUCAGCUGCAUGGGAAUUUACGUCUGCAGAUGAAAUUUGGGGUUUUCCGACGGUAGCCCAGUAUUGCACUUAUGGAGGUGGGGGCUAUUUUAUGAAACUGGAUGUAAACAGAGACGUUUGUGAAAUAAUUUUUGACGAAUUGGCAGAGUUUACCUGGGUCGAUGUUCAAACUAGAGCAGUUAUUCUAGAAUUUACAUUGUAUAAUGCUAAUACAAAUUUGUUUAUCUACUCGAAAUUUGUCGGCGAAUUUCCUGAAGUCGGAGGCUUUCUACCUUUCAUUGACAUCCAAGUAUUUCGACUGUAUCUAGACUCCAGUGAUGGCAACUUUGUCUUAUUCCUUCAAUUUUCUUUCCUGCUUAUCGUAAUAGCGGCAACAUUUGCAUUAGCUUACAAAAUGUUCACGGACGUAAAAACAUUUUUCAAAUCAAUGUGGAACAUAUUAGAUCUAAUUUCCUUGAUAAUGAGCUAUGUAACAAUUUCAGUUUUCAUUUACAAGAUAUAUAUCAUAAGAAAAACCAUAGAAGUAUUUCACAACGACCAAAAUGCUUACGUUGGAUUUGAAAACCUCGCUUUCUAUGACUUUGUAACGAAUACAGCUUAUGGUGUUUUGGCGUUCCUGUUGUCUGUAAGAGUUUCGCGUAUCCUUGGAUACAGCGGAAAAAUCAACGAGAUGGCGGCAGUUAUAUCGAAUGCCUCAAGCGAUCUUUAUGGAUUCGUGCUUAUCUUUACUAUCACAAACAUUGGUUAUGUUAUCUUCGGAACUCUUCUGUUUGGAAAAGAGGAGGAAAAGUACAAAGAUUUUUUUCAAUCAUACGGUACCUUAACUGAGGCAAUUAUUGGAAAAAAUAGAGUGUCUAAUAUUCUCAUCUCUAAACCAGUCUUCGCCGAAUUCUACUAUUUUACAUUUGUGAUGUUUGUUCUAAUGACCUUAGUCACCAUAGCGGCCGCCAUUCUGAACUUCAGUAUUUCAAAGGUCAAGACGGAACAGCAGAAACUAGCCCCACCAAACAUUAUAGAAGUGGUUUUUGACAGAAUUAGCAAAUUAUUUAAUAAGCUCCGACCAUCUAAGAAGAAACAUGCAGACAAGGUAAGAGAAAGGAAGGACUUUGAUGCAGAACUGAAUGACAUAUUAACUGACCUACGUGGCUUUCUCCGUGAACUUAGACCAAAGGCAAUAAAGUCAAAGUCAAGCAAAAAGUACAGAUUAUUGGGAGAUUACGAUCUGAAUUCAAAGUAGAUCGGAAGGACAGUAUAACUGUUACGAAUUGUCAUAUUUGGUUACCUACAGAUGUGUAUUAUUCAAACUGUAGCCGUUCUGUUAGCGCAAAUCUCUCGCAACAAAUCUGUUGUAAUCAUGACAAUAUAGAAUUUGUUGUAAUCAUGACAAUACAGAACAAUACGAAACGGAAUAAUGAAAUUCAUUUAUUACCAGCUGUCACAAAUUGUAAAGAUACAAAAGUACUAACUGAUGUAUUAAUCUGAUUUGAUUGCGUGAACGUCUGUGCAUUUAACGUUUUUCACAGGAAUAGUAAUUUCAAAAAUGAUUGAAAAUCUUUAACCAUAUAUGAUAUAUACUGUAGAGAAAACGAUAAUUUGUGUCUGGUAAUAUAUAACGAUUCCUAUGAUACGGUCAAUUAUGUUCAUAAUAUACAUAUAUGUUCAUGAGUGAAAGAUAUGGUGAUCUUACAUGUAAAACAAACUGUUUUUUAUUUCAUGUUUUGACUACAUUACCCAUUUUGUAGUUGUUUUUAUUUAUUAUUUUCACUCUGAAAAUACCAGAUAUAUUUCAUUCUAAUAUUUGAAAAGCAUGCAAAUAUCUUUUUCCCCACUUUUUGUAUGACCCUUAACUCAAAAACGAGUUAUUGCAUUAAAUGUAUUGAAAACCUUCAGUGUUCAAGGAAGUGGUCAAAACUGGCUAUAUGAUAACAGAAAGUUAUUUCCAAGUGUUGUAAGUAAUUGUUAGAGCUGUUUCAUAUUGUCCAAUCAUAUUUCUGCAUUAUCGUUACUUCUCAACAACUCUAUGCCUUUUUAAGUACGGAACAUGAUGGUAUUUAGUUUUAGCUGACCAUGAUGAAGUCAACUGAUAUUCAUCUAAUUCUAACGUAAUUUGCUUUUGCCUAAAGAACGGUAUAUGGUAAUAGUACAUAAACUGUUUAAUGUAACAUAUAAAGAUGUUUGCAUUGCUCUCGUGUUUAUCAUAAACACAGUGUGUGGUAGUCUUGCGCCUUUUUGUACUUUUUAUUUUAGUAGUACACAUAACACAAACCUGCGAUAUAGUCAUUUCCGGUGAUACUUCUAAAAUAUGUGAUAGUAUGCAUGUAUACUGUAUUAUUAUACACUCAUUUGUAAUAUCCGUUAGGUUUAAAUGGAACAUGAAACGUCAAUAUUUUUCCAUAUUGACGUUCAAAUUUCAUAUCGGGUGUGUGACGUCAUUUGUGACGUCAGUUUCAUGUAUGCCAUCGCGUAUAAAAAUUCUUAAACAACGGUAUUUUCAGUUUUACUCAGGCUAAAGAACAUUUAUGCAAUAGUUAUAAGUAUAGAUACGUAUGUAAUAAAAAAGUUAUUAGAUUUGCAUCGAGAAACAUGCACUCGUUCUUUCGCGGAAUAAUGUUGCGCUCCUAUAAUAAUUCAUUAAUUUGACGUUCCCAAAAUAUAGUCAUAUGUGUAACUUAAACCUAUCAACUUUGACUUAUUAGGCCUAAACUUUUCAGAAACCUGGGGCGUUGAAUGAUUGAAUCUUCCUUUGGAGAAGCCAACCAGCUGGCUUACGGAAGUUCGGUGGUUCUACCUAGGCGAUAUGAUGCACAAAGAUGCACCUGGGGCCUUCCUCCACCAUCAAAAGCUGGAAAGUCGCCACAUGACAUAUAAUUGUGUUCCUGUGACGUUAUCUGCAUUUAAAGGAUCAUAACCUGAAAUUUAAGCAUGUAUAUGAGGCACCGCUUAUUGAACCUUAUACGAACUUUCUUUUUGAAUAAAAGGUCAUCUCUGUUGUGUGAGUAUGUUUUCUAGUAAUGGUUUGUUUGAGCUAUGCCCCUUUUGUGCUUAGCCAUGUUACAACUAUAUCUGUACCUUGUGUUCUCAAUACCUCCGGUUUUUCAUCCAGUUCAAAUCGAACUUGGUGUACAUCAUCAACAUGAAGUUGACGUGCACAUAUUAUUGGAAAUUACUUGUCAGAUUUUCUUUUGAGUUCACCCCUUUUUUGUCUUAGCAUUUUCAUCUAUCAAGCAUUUUCAGGAGCAUGCAUCAUACAGACGUAACGCACAAAACGUUGGUCAUUUUGCGUUUCAUAAAAAUGUUUAUUAACUGACGCUGUUUAUGAUUCCCCUUAUGUAUGCGAGUUCGACAUACACAUGAUAUUUUAUAUGUUCAACACAUUUUAGUUUAAAAUGAGUGAUAAUUUUCUGUCAUUGCGGUUAAACUUAUAUUUCGUGAAAAGUUUUAAAAGCCGUUAUCCAUAGAAUUUUUGGUACAAUUUUUAUUUAAGAAAAUUUAUAGCAAAAGAGUGCUUUAACACUAUUUAUGCACGAUGGGUGGUUA